UCCUGAAUAGUAUUUUAAGAUUGCGUUUUAAAUUUUGUACAAAAAAUAUUGUAUAUUUUAAUAAUGGAUUUCUUUAAGCCACUUCACCGAAUACCUGAAGAGGAAAGUGAGGAGGAACACACGCCAUUUAAUUCUUUUUACCAGUUUGAUGCGUUCAAGGAGUUUAUGGUACAUCUCCGAUUUAAUCACUUGGUGCAGGAUAAAAAGGUCAAGCUCAGUCAAAAACUGGAGCUCGCUCUUGAGAAAAACAUUGGUCCCCAUGCCCAUGUGAUACUCAACGAGAAAGUCUACAAGUGCCAAGUCCUGAUGCUCCGCAUCUACUGCCAGCUCUUCAAGGACAACCUCAAAUUCAACGAACUCGUCAAGUUGCCGCCGGAUGCCAUUACCAAUGAGUCCUUUGAGUUGGCCUACGGCUGGAUAACCAGCAACAAUGUAUAUUGUCCCCGUGAUCAGUUGCUGGAUCUUCUGAAGGCCGCCACAUUCCUGAUAUGCCCUCCUUUGGUCGAAAGCAUUUUAAAGUGUCUUGGCGACCAUAGGUAUUUUUUUGGAGUCCACGCCUUCACGUGUUAUUUGAAUGCCCUAGAAAUGGGCGAUAGCUUUGUUGCCGACAUGAUGUUAAAGAGGGUGGGCCGGGCCUUCUUGGUCCUGGUGGGUACCCAAGAGUAUCUGGACCUGAAUGUAAACUGCCUGUGCGAUCUACUCAGCUCCAAUUACUUGGAAGUUCAGUCCGAAAUAGAGAUUUUUUACUCAGCUCUAGUCUGGAUACUAUCAGACUACCAGCAUCGCAAGAAUUAUGCUGCCCGUGUGUUGAGCAAAAUACGUUUCCAUAUGAUGCCGCCAGCUUUUCUUCUUUAUUGGACAUUCAAUCUCGAAGAAUUUGAGGAAGAACUUGCGGGUAUGAUAUGCAAGUGCCUUUAUAAUGCCAUGCUGACCCAGCAGGAAAAUUAUAUGGAAUUGUUUAUGUCAAACUACCAUAUUUUUGGGGAUCGUCUUUGGAUUCGGGAUCCCAAGUGUCCCUAUGCGAAAUUUCUCGAUUCGAACGAUAGCUGCGAAUUUUCAUACGCCUAUUUUUUCCACUAUUUGUGGCAAAUUCGAAAAUCACCCAAAUCAUAUAUGUCUCGGGUCCAGAAUGUCGAGUACUACGAAGAUUCGCUAUUCGAACGUGCGACAGCAGAAGAGGACUCCCAUUAUGAUUACGCGCCAUCUUUUUCAUUUUAUCCGAAAAAUGGUGAUAGGUCCAAAAAAGACUUGGAUACCGAGGAAGAUUUUAGGAAAUCUGAAACCGAUAUGAGUCUCAUGACGGUUAAUAGUCGAGGUACUUUCAAAGAGAAAGCAUUUGCCAAAGAAGAUUUUAAUACGGAUAAAGACAAUGACUUGGGCUCCGAUACAGAACUCGAUUCCUUUACCUACUUUUAUAAGCACAAAGAGCAAACUCUAGGUUCUAACAAGGAAAUCGAAACAGAUUUACUUGAGGAUUCAUUUUCGGAUUCCUCAACGGAUUGUUCUUCAACAGAUUCUGAAAAGGAAUUCGGUGGGUAUUCUGUUGAUGAGUCCGAUUCAGAUCCCUUUGCAGACCUUGCAGUGGAUUCCACUGCAGAUCUUAAAACCGAAACGGAAAAAAACAUAAAUUAA